GAGACUUAGGGUUGAGGAAAUUCCCGUAUGAUCUAUUCGUGGAUAUACACGCCUUAUAAAGUUUGUGCACACACAACCAUAUCAUUCACUCCCAACGACUUUCGUCUUCAUAGUCAAUAAUGUCUGAAAUCCACAAUUACGACGUGCUCAUUAUCGGUGCUGGCUUUUCCGGCGUCCAUCAACUGUUGAACGUUCGCAAGUUGGGGCUUACAGUAAAGAUACUAGAAGCAGGCCAUGGCCUCGCGGGAACUUGGUAUUGGAAUAGAUAUCCAGGCAAGGACGUUUGUCAUGACCAUUGUCUUUGUGUAAAUAAAAUAUCAACCCCCAUACAGGUGCCCGUGUUGACUCUCCAAUGCCUCUCUACCAGUUCUCUGACCCGGAGAUUUGGCAAGGAUGGACGUUCACCGAAAAAUAUCCAGACGGAAGAGAAAUUCAAGCAUACUUCCAAUACGUUGAUAAGAAAUUUGAUAUCAGUCAGGACGUGUUGUUCAAUUCUCGCGUUGUCUCUGCACACUGGGAUGACUCUGCCGAUCGAUGGAACCUUACCACCGAGGACGGUGAGGUCUUUCGAGGACAGUUCCUGAGCCUGUGUACCGGCAUAGGAUCGAAAUACUACAUACCUGAAUUCAAAGGCCUCAGUACCUUCAAAGGAGAAAUGUAUCAUACCGCGAGGUGGCCAGAAACGCAUGAUUACAAAGGGAAGAGGGUUGGUGUCAUAGGUACCGGAGCUACUGGAGUGCAAGUCAUUCAAGAGAUUGCUCCGGUCGUAGCCCAUCUCACAGUCUUCCAGCGUACGCCAAAUAUGACUCUUCCUAUGAGACAGCGAAAGCUCGAUCCAGAUGAAGAAGAUAAGCUCAAAAAGGAACUCUAUGCGGUUUCUUUUGGUCGUCGACAUCAAACCUUCACUGGCCUUCAUUUCGACAUAAAUCCGAAAUUGAUGUUUGACGCGACCCCAGAAGAGCGGACUCUGUUUUUCGAGGAACAUUGGGAAAAGGGCGGAUUUCAUUUUUGGAUGGGAUCUUACGCAGAUCUGCUCUUAAAUCCAAAAGCUAAUGACGAGGCGUAUGGGUUUUGGAGGAAGAAGGUCAGGGAAAGGAUUCCUGAUCCCGAACUCCAAGAAAAGCUUGCGCCAAUCCAACCUCCACAUCCGUUCGGAGUAAGACGUCCGAGUCUAGAACAGAGUUACUACGAGGUCUACUCGCAGCCGAACGUCCAACUUGUUGAUGUUAACAAGACCGCGAUCGAAGAGAUCACUCCUAAGGGUCUGAAGACUAGUGACGGCGUCGAGCAUGAACUUGAUGUUUUGAUACUGGCCACAGGUUUCGACAUGGUCACCGGAGGUAUCACUUCCAUCGAUAUUCGUGGACAGGAUGGUAUUUCUAUCAAAGAGAAAUGGGCGGAUGGCGUUAAGAGCUACCUGGGAGUGGCAAGUGCUACUUAUCCGAACAUGUUUUGGAUCUAUGGACCACAGUCUCCUUCCUCCUUCAGCAACGGUCCCAGUACCAUUGAACUAACCAGCGAUUGGAUCAUACAAUGUAUCAGGCAUAUGAAAGAAAACAACAUUUCGAGCAUAGUUCCUACAGAGGAAGCACAACACGCUUAUAGUGAACUUGUCGAUCAGCUUGGAGCGGCCGCUCUAUGGUCAGAAGCAAAGACUUCGUGGUAUAUGGGGAAGAACAUCAAAGGUAAGAAGGCGCAGAUGUUGCAGUUUUCGGGCGGUAUACCCGCGUAUGCCAAGUUAUGCGAAGAUUCGGCGGCAAAAGGUUACCAUGGAUUUCAUUUGAAGGUUCCUGCAUGAAGCAUACAUAGAAUUUAGAUCAUAGGGCUUCUCCACUGUGCCACAUCUGCGGUUGUAAGCGAUUGCAUUAGUGAGGAACCACCACUAUAU